AUGGCAUUCACGGGCGACCUGUCGCAGCUGUGGUCCGACGACGAGGCACCCCCGCCGAAAUUGCUCGACGUCCUCACCCAGAUUGCUCACUUCCUCGACCAGCUGGGCUACAACAAGACCUUCGCCAGCCUGUACAAGGAGGCCAAGAAGAACGACCUUAUCCUCGACAUUGCAAAGUGGGAGCGUGGAAUCCAGGCCAAGACCGCCUUUCCCCUGCUCGACCUCUAUGAAGAGUGGCAUGACGCCAACGACAAGUUCCCCACCCUGCCCGGCCCGGAAGGUGAAGAGGACGAUGCCGCAGAAGAGUCGAGCAGCGAUGACAGCGGAAGUGAUGACGAGUCGGAUAAGGACGAGGCAGAAGGAGUUCUCGUGGACGUGGAAGCUGAAGAGACCAGCGACGAUGAUUCCGACGAAGACAGCAGCUCGGACAGCGACGACUCAGAUGCAAGCCCCACGAAAGCGGGCGUAAAACGGAAGCGGGUGUUGACUCCUCCAUCGUCAGAAGAUUCUGACGACAGUGCAAGCGACUCGGAUGAUUCGAGCUCGUCGGAGGACAGCGACGCUCCUCCAGCGAAGAAGGCGAAGGUGCAAAGCUCUUCGCCCUCCAGCGACAGCGACUCCGAGUCCUCGGAUUCGAGCGACGACAGCUCGAGCGAUUCCGACUCGGACGCAGGCGCUGAUGACAGCACGAGCAGCGACUCGAGCAGCGACAGCGAGGAUGAAAAGGACGAGGAACCACAGCCGCCGGCAUCUGACAAGAAGAAAAAGAAGGGCGGCAAAUCCGACAAGACCACUGGCUCUGACACGCAAGCGAAAGACGCCGGUUCCCAGUCCUCGGCCACACUGGAAGGCGAGUCGGCGGGAGAAAAAGAGGAAGAAAGUGAGGAGCCGAACCACGUGCAUCCCGACCGCCUCAGGCAGGUGCCGGCGCCGCCGUCGAAGAGCACGAAGAAGCAGACUGCCGCCGAGGCCAAGAAGCAGGUGGUGCCCUUUUCGCGCAUUCCCACGGAUCAGAAGGUCGACCCUCGGUUCUCCAGCAACGACUACGUCUCAUACGACUACGCCGAUCGGGCAUACCGCGACCUGUCGGUGACCAAGGGCAAAGGGUUCACCAAGGAGAAGAACAAGAAGAAGCGAGGUGCAUACCGGGGCGGCAUGAUCGACCUGACGCCGAAAGGCAUCAAAUUCGAAGACUGA